UAUGUUUGUAAUCUGCAGUACUGAACUGGCCGGUGGCUUGCCAUUAAUAGUGUUUUAGUCCUUCCUGACUGAUCAGAAUAUUAGAAAGCCAUGGGAGCCAUGAAAUCUUGCAGUAUUACCUUGGUGAUUGUUUUGUUAUUCAAUUUGUGUUGUUUUGGAAAGGCUGCUGAUCAUCAAGAUCAAGAAGGCUUGGGGGCUUCUUUUAUCUUUGGUGAUUCUCUGGUUGAUGCUGGGAAUAACAACUACUUGCCAACCUUGUCCAAGGCAAAUAUCGCACCUAAUGGAAUUGAUUUCAAGGCAUCUAAAGGAACUCCUACAGGGCGUUAUACCAAUGGGAGAACCAUAGGUGAUAUUGUUGGAGAAGAACUGGGAGCACCAAACUAUGCUGUCCCUUUUUUGUCACCAAAUUCUACUGGGAAAGCUAUAUUAUAUGGUGUAAAUUACGCAUCAGGAGGAGGAGGAAUCAUGAAUGCAACUGGAAGAAUAUUUGUUAAUCGACUUGGAAUGGAUAUCCAGAUUGAUUACUUCAACAUUACAAGAAAACAGUUUGACAAAUUGUUAGGUCCAUCAAAGGCUAGAGAUUACAUAAUGAAGAAAUCCAUCUUUUCAAUCACAAUUGGAGCAAAUGAUUUUCUAAACAAUUAUCUGCUUCCUGUCCUCUCCGUUGGAGCAAGACUUUCUGAAAGCCCAGAUGCCUUUAUCGAUGACAUGCUCUCCCACUUCAGGACUCAACUAACAAGGUUGUACCAGCUUGAUGCUAGGAAAUUUGUCAUCGGGAAUGUCGGCCCGAUAGGCUGCAUACCAUAUCAAAAGACAAUAAAUCAAUUAAAGGAAGACGAGUGUGUGGAAUUGCCAAACAAGCUAGCACUUCGAUACAAUGCCAGGUUGAAGGAUUUGCUCGCCCAACUGAAUGAAAACCUCCCCGGAGCCACGUUUGUUCAUGCAAAUGUCUAUGAUCUGGUUUUGGAUCUCAUCACAAAUUACAAACAACAUGGAUUUAUAACUGCUAGUAGAGCAUGCUGUGGAAACGGGGGCCAGUUUGCAGGAAUAAUUCCGUGCGGGCCAACAUCGAGUAUGUGCGCGGAGCGAUCCAAGCAUGUGUUCUGGGAUCCUUAUCAUCCGAGCGAGGCUGCCAACCUUAUUAUCGCCAAGAAAUUGCUGUAUGGAGACACCAAAUGCAUCUCUCCCAUGAAUCUCAAACAACUUCGAGACCACUGACAUUUUCAUUUUCAUGAAAAUUAACAAUAUUCGAUGAUGUCCGUCCACCCCCGAUCUCUUUGCAUGCAUGCAGUAUCUCUGGCCUUCAAAGUUCAAACUUCACGCAAUAUUAUCUCUCUUUUUUACUUCUCUUCUUUAGUUUUGUUGUUGGUUUCUUACAAUAUUGUGUUUGCAAUAUUAAUAUUUCUCCAAGUAAGUUUAAAUUAAUGAGAAGA